GCCUGUAAGCAUCUGCUGAUAGUAGUCUUCUCAACAACCAUACUUAACAUCUCGAGCUAUGACCAAUUUCAAGAUCAAUCUCCUCUUUGGCGUUGUUGCUGUGGCGAUCCAUCAUCACCUUUUGGAGAGAGCGAACAUCCCCAUUCUUAGUGCAUCCAUCUUUCCACCAACGGUCACAGACUUUACUCGCAACAUCAGAUAUAUUGGAAGUCGUACUCCUGGAGUCGAGCACUUCCAGAAUGUGUUUUAUGCAGAAGAGCCAACCGGUCAACGACGAUUUGCACCCCCAGUCCCAGUAAGCCCGCCCAAAGGAUCCAUAAUUGAUGCUAGCAAGCCCGGUGCCUGGUGUCCUCAAGGCGUGGGAGACAUACUGCCCUUCACCAGCCAAGUGAACAAUAUAAGUGAGAACUGUCUGAGCCUGCGAAUUGCUCGACCUUCAGGGGUGCAGAGGGAUGCGAAGCUACCAGUUGCGGUCUGGAUACAUGGAGGAGGCCAUGCACUGGGUUCAGCCUCCGAUAUAUUGUACACGCCGGACGGCUUGGUGAGGGCGGCUGCUGCGGCAGGGAAACCAUUGAUCUAUGUUGGUAUCAACUAUCGACUAGGAAUAUUUGGCUUCGCCACGAGCAAGGCAAUGAUUGAGACCAAGCAGACAAAUGCAGGAUUGCGCGAUCAGCGAGUUGCUUUGCAGUGGGUCCAGGAUCACAUUGAAGUAUUCGGGGGUGACCCAGAUAGAGUGACUGCCAUCGGCCAGAGCGUGGGAGCCAGCGACAUCGGCCUGCAUCUGACAUCAUUCAACGGCUCCCGAAACGUCCCUUUCCAGCAAGCAAUGAUGAUGUCCGGCGCACCCGGUGUCAACUUCAACAGCGACCCGGUCUUCGUUGCGAACAACACUGUCGCCAUAGCCAGGCAAGUAGGGUGCGCCAAAAACGAAGAUGGCCAAUCAAUUGAGACCUUAGAAUGCCUGCGGGCGGUCCCAGCUGACUUAUUGAUCAAUGUAACUGUCAAUGAGGCCCGAAAAGCCCGUCCCCCAUUCGGUGAAGGAUACUUCUACCCGACUAUCGACAAUGACUAUCUUAACGGCAGGCCGUCUCAACUGAUGCGUACUGGUAAAUUCGUCAAAAAUAUUCCCAUAGUAGCGUCGUGGGUGACCAAUGAUGGGGCUUGGUAUGCAUCUCCGCAGACAUCCACAGACGAAGACGUCCUUGGUAGCUUCGGGCUUUGGCUACACGGCUUCUCUCGAUCAACGAAAGAGAAACUCUUGCAAUUGUACCCAGUGGAAGAUUUCAACCACAUGGUCCGCCAGAACUAUGAUGGCGGAAUCUCGCCGCAAUAUUACCGUGCGGCGCAGAUGAGUCGGGAUAUCUGGUUUACCUGCCCCGUAUUGGAUUUUUCAUGGCAGUAUGCCCAGACUGGAGGCUUGAACGCAUCGCGGAUCUGGUUGUACGAGCACAAUGCCACAAGAUUCACACCUGUCUUUGAAGCGAUGGGAGUGCCCAUGUGGAGAGUGGCACAUCUCAGUGACAUCCCAUAUGUGUUCAAUAACCCGCACUUAGAAGGGGGUGCAGAUAACUCGUUGGAUCAACUGGCGCUCAGUGAGACGGUUAGUAAGGCGAUUGUCGGAUUUGUGCAUGAAGGUCGCCCGGGAGGAGAGGGUGCUGGUAUGCAGAAAUGGUCAUCUGCAUAUCCUACUAUGCGCGAUGGGCAGCGAUCAAGCGAGAGUGCUAGUAGGCUGUCGAUUCAGGUCAUCGGGGGUCCUCUGGGGUUGUCGGAGGUGGCGAUAGAUAGAGACGGGGACGUCGGUGUGAUGACAGCAGCACAGCAAGCAUUAGCGUGGGAAAAGUUGUUUGGUCGGUGUGAUUUUAUCAACAGUCCUCAGAUGAGAGAUGAAGCUGGAGUUUGA